UUCCUGUGAAAGAGGGAAAGCAGGCGAAUAGCUGGGUUUCGCCGUGGGAAGCCGUCAGGACAACUGCAGAAGCAGGCAGUGGUAGAGAGGGAGUGGUGCGGGGAGGCACCGAAAAGGAGGCACAGUCUGACCUUAUUAGGGUUAGGGAAUUAGGCAGUCGGACUGGGCCGUCCCGGGGACUUUGAACUGCGGGUGCCGACAUGAGUGCGGGCACCGGCUGUGAGCCCUGCACUAAGCGUCCCCGCUGGGGCGUCGCUGCAACUUCGCCGCCAGUCAUCGCGGACGCUCGGAGCUUCCCCGGGCAGAGGCGUGUCCUCGACCCCAAGGACGCUUCCCUGCAGUUCAGGGUCCCACAGUCCUCGCCUGGUUGCGUCCCCGGGCGGGCGCGACCGCACAGAGGCAGCACCACCUCGCUUGUUUCCAAACAAAAGACUAUUACCAGUUGGAUGGACACUAAAGGAAUCAAGACUUCUGAAUCAGAAAGCUUGCAUAGUAAAGAAAACAACAAUACGAGAGUAGACUCCAUGAUGAAUUCUGUACAAAAAGAUAACUUUUGCCAACAUAACAUGGAAAGUUUAGAAAAUGUUUCUCAGUUAAAUUUUGCUAAAUCACCUGUUGAAAAUACACAAUAUUUGGACCAACAUCGGACUGCAACUAUGUGUAAGUGGCAAAAUGAAGGGAAACACGUGGAGCAUCUUUUGGAAAGUGAACCUCCAGCAGUAGAUAGGGUUCCAAAGCAGCUUGGUAAUGCUAAUGUUGAUCAGUCACCUCAAAAUGAUGACCACAGUGACACAGAUAAUGAAGAAAACAGAGAAAAUCAACCAUUUUUGAUACCUGUCAAGUUUGCCCAGAUAAAGCAGGCUACAGAAGACGAACUGGCCAAAGACACCAGAAGCAGUCAGCAGUUCAGUAAGUCAGGUCCUGCUGUGGAAGAUGGUGCAAGCUGUCAGCAAGAUGAGCUAGAUGUGCCAGAGAGUGUGUUGUCGGAUGUUGGUUUGCGGGACGUGAGGACUGGAUCUAGAAAUAUCAACAAGAUGAAUCGACAAGAAAGUAGCCUAGGAAAUUCUCCACUUGAGAAAGACAGCGAACCUGAGUCACCAAUGGAUGUAGAUACUUCCAAAAAUAGUUGUCAGAACUCAGAAGGCGAUGAAGAGACAAGCCCAGGUUUUGAUGAACAGGAAGAUGGCUCUUCCUCCCAAACAGCAAAUAAACCUUCACGGGUUCAAGCAAGAGAAACUGACAUUGAAACGAGGAAGCGGCACUCUUCUAAGGGAGGGGAUAUAAGACUACAUUUCCAUUUUGAAGGUGGAGAGACUCGUCCUGGAAUAAAUGAUUUAAAUGCCAAGCUACCUGGAAGUACUCCCAGUCUGAAUGUAGAAUGCAGAAAUUCCAAGCAACAUGGAAAAAAAGACUCUAAAAUUACAGAUCAUUUUCCAAGAACACCCAAAGCAGAGGAUAAAAGAAAAGAACCAUGUGAAACCAAACAUCAAAGAACAGAAAGGAAGAUCCCAAAAUACAUUCCGCCUCACCUUUCCACAGAUAAGAAAUGGUUUGGAACUCCUAUUGAGGAAAUGAGAAGAAUGCCUAGGUGUGGAAUCCGGCUUCCUCUCUUGAGACCCUCUGCCAGUCACACAGUAACUAUUCGAGUGGAUCUUUUGCGAGCAGGAGACGUUCCUAAGCCUUUUCCAACACAUUAUAAAGAUUUGUGGGAUAACAAACAUGUUAAAAUGCCUUGUUCAGAACAAAAUUUGUACCCUGUGGAAGAUGAGAAUGGUGAGCGAACUGCAGGGAGUCGGUGGGAACUCAUUCAGACCUCACUUCUCAACAAAUUCAUUCGGCCACAAAACCUGAAGGAUGCUAUACUGAAAUACAAUGUGGCAUAUUCUAAGAAAUGGGACUUUACGGCCUUGGUUGAUUUCUGGGAUAAGGUACUUGAAGAAGCAGAAGCUCAGCAUUUAUAUCAGUCCAUUUUGCCUAACAUGGUGAAAAUUGCACUUUGCCUGCCAAAUAUUUGCACCCAGCCAAUACCGCUCUUGAAACAGAAGAUGAAUCAUUCCAUCACAAUGUCACAAGAACAGAUUGCCAGUCUUUUAGCUAAUGCUUUUUUCUGCACGUUUCCACGAAGAAAUGCUAAGAUGAAAUCGGAGUAUUCUAGUUACCCAGAUAUUAACUUCAAUCGGUUGUUUGAAGGACAUUCAUCAAGGAAACCAGAAAAGCUUAAAACACUCUUUUGCUACUUUAGAAGAGUCACAGAGAAAAAACCUACUGGGUUGGUAACGUUUACAAGACAGAGUCUUGAAGAUUUUCCAGAGUGGGAAAGAUAUGAAAAGACCCUGACUCGGUUGCAUGUCACAUAUGAAGGUACUAUAGAAGGAAACGGUAGAGGCAUGCUACAGGUGGAUUUUGCAAACCGUUUUGUUGGAGGUGGUGUGACCAGUGCAGGACUUGUGCAGGAAGAAAUUCGAUUUUUAAUUAAUCCUGAAUUGAUUGUAUCACGUCUCUUCACUGAAGUGCUGGAUCACAAUGAAUGUCUUAUUAUCACAGGUACUGAACAGUACAGUGAUUACACUGGCUAUGCUGAAACAUACCGCUGGGCCCGGAGCCAUGAAGAUGGGGGUGAGAGGGACGACUGGCAGAGGCGCUGUACUGAAAUUGUUGCCAUUGAUGCACUUCACUUCAGACGGUAUCUUGAUCAGUUUGUCCCAGAGAAAAUCAGACGCGAGCUUAACAAGGCUUACUGUGGAUUUGUCCGUCCUGGAGUUUCUUCAGAGAAUCUUUCUGCAGUGGCCACAGGAAACUGGGGCUGUGGUGCCUUUGGAGGUGAUUCUAGAUUAAAAGCCUUAAUACAGAUACUGGCAGCUGCUGCUGCUGAACGAGAUGUGGUUUAUUUCACCUUUGGGGAUUCAGAAUUGAUGAGAGACAUUUACAGCAUGCACACUUUCCUGACAGAGAGGAAACUGACUGUUGGGGAUGUAUAUAAGCUGUUACAACGAUAUUAUAAUGAGGAAUGCAGAAGCUGUUCCACUCCUGUUCCAGAUAUCAAGCUGUAUCCGUUCAUAUACCAUGCUGUUGACUCCUGUGCAGAGAUCACCAACCAGUCUGGGAAAAAGACAGGAACCUAAGGAACUGAGGGAAUAAUAGCAUCUCCUUUCACCUUGUGGUAGAGAUGUUCUGUUUGAGUUGUUAGAGAUAAUAUAUGAAUUGAUUUAACUUAACAUAAAUGUGUAUAUAAUUCACAUUUCAGUAAAGGAUGCAAUCUAUAUACAUAGAAUUUUCAGUAUGUGCUAUGAGGCCCCCACUAUCCCGGCUUACAUGGACUUUGAUGUACUUUGUUUCCAUUUUCUUCUAUUUCUGUUUUCAUUCUUUGAUUUCUCUUUCUCUUGCCCAUCAGAGUUCCUGUGAAAGACUGCUGUCAAGUGUCUCAUUGAUGCCUAUGUAUAAUACCAAAUGCCUCUACAAUUAGCAGAUGCCAGUGAUUGCAGGGAAUUUGUUGAAAUCUAAGAAGCUCUGUAACCGAUUUUGCUACGGUGUUACCCUGUGCUCCUUUUAUCCCAAGUCUUGUGAUUGCAUUAUUUGAGUUUUUUAAUUUUGAAAAUUAGCAGUUGGGCUUACUCUCCCCAGCCCCAAGUUUUCAUACCUCUUUUUUGAUGCAAAGCUAUGUUAAGAUCAUUUCUGUAUUGAAAAAAGAAGUAGUUCUGAAAAUAGUUCUAUUUCCAGACUUUACCUAUUAUGGUUGUCCUUUUCCCUCCAACCACUUUUUCUUGAUACUAUUGGAAACUGACCAUGAUGGAAACCAAUGUAGAAUAAAAAAGGGUUUUCUCCAUAUAAUGUAAGGAAAACAGAUUCAAGAGUAUUGAAGGGUUUUUUGUUUAAGAUUAUUUUUCUUUUUAAAUUGAGAUUAGUGUUUGUUCUGUGGUGCUCAAAGCAUAUUCAUAUAACCAAAGUGUGGGAGCUGGGAACUUCAUGUUGAUUUGUACAUAUUGAUGUUUCUCUGGUAUUGAAAAGUUAUAUAGUUAAUAAAUUUUUAUUAAAAAAUCA